AUGGGAAAGAAUGAGGAAAACCAAGAAAAUAAGGAGGAAUCGACUGUUAUUUUGAAAGCAUUCAUACAUUGUGAAGGUUGCUCAAACCAAAUUUCCAACUGCCUCAGAGGUUUAGAUGGAGUGAAGCAAGUUCACAUUGAUAGAGAACAUCAAAGAGUCUCUGUGAGGGGAGUUGUGAAUGAUCCAGUCAAGGUUUUGGAAAGACUUCAAAAAAAAUACAGCAAAAACGUGGAGCUGAUUUCACCAAAACCAAAGCCUGACAACAAACAGAAAAAACCCCCAGAAAAAAAGGAACAGGCUAAAGUGAAAACUAUGGUGCUCAAGAUGUAUUUUCAUUGCGAUGGCUGCGAGACUGUUGUCAAGAGAAAAAUUCAGAGAAUGGAAGGUAUUGAGUCUGUGGAUGUGGACAGAGAAAAAUCACAAGUGGUUGUGAAAGGAACGGUGGAAGCAAAAAAACUUGUUGAAGAUGUGAAGAGGAAACUGGGAAAGCAUGUGGAGAUUAUGAAGGAAGAUAAUAAAAAAGAACCCAAAAAAGAGGGGAAAGAUGAUGAAAAAGGCAAAGAACCUGUUAUUAUGUAUAGUUAUCCUCCUCAAUACUCUACCAAUUAUCUUUAUCCCAAUCAAACCUUCAGUGAUGAAAACGUUUUUGCGUGUUCAAUAAUGUAAAAGUUC